AUCAUGGCCACUACAGAGCUGAGCUGCCAGGUGUCCGAGGAGGACCGCGAGCGCCGAGAAGCCUUCUGGGCUGAAUGGAAGGAUCUGACGCUGUCCACACGGCCUGAGGAGGGUUGCUCUCUGCACGAGGAGGAUUCUCAGCGGCAUGAGACCUACCACCGGCAGGGCCAGUGCCAGGCGCUGGUGCAGCGUUCCCCCUGGUUGGUGAUGCGUAUGGGCAUCCUCGGCCGCGGGCUGCAGGAGUACCUGCUGCCCUACCAGCGGGUGCUGCCACUGCCCAUCUUCACCCCCACCAAGAUGGGAGCCGCCAAGGAGGAGCGCGAGGACACCCCCAUCCAGCUGCGGGAGCUGCUGGCCCUGGAGACGGCCCUGGGUGGCCAGUGUAUGGAGCGCCAGGAUGUGGCCGAGAUCACCAAGCAGCUGCCCCCUGUGGUGCCUGUCAGCAAGCCCGGUGCCCCUCGUCGCUCCCUGUCCCGCUCCAUGUCCCAGGAAGCACAGAGAGGCUGAGAGGGACGGUGACCUGGGCUCCACUGCGCCCGCCGCGGGCUGGGCCCUUCCUGGCUAGGACCAUGGAGGGGAGCUGCUGGCCAUGGAUGCUUUGUAGUUUGCCCAGAGUUGGGGGCUAGGGGAGGAGGGAGCCAGAGGCCAGGAUGCCUGGGUCCCCUGAGUUCCCAAAGGGAGGGGAGCAAAGACAGUGGCCACGAAGGGUAGGGAGCUGGGGACCAGCACAGCCAAGUGCCCGCCAGCCCUAGGAGAAGGGACAGAAGAUGCCGGGGAGGACAAGUGGUCCCUGAGGGGAGUGACCCUGGUCCGGGCCCCGGCUUCAGAGAAGAUGAGGAUGAGUGUAAGGGGAUCUGGAAUGCUCUAGGAAGAAUUGGAGGAGACGGGAGUGAGGGGGACGUGAAGAGGGCAGAGGGGAGAGUGGAGCCCCCAGCAUCCUCUGUUAGCGCUGCAAUAAACGCUCAA